CAAAUAAGGAUGUUCAGAGGUAUAUAUCUAAGGAAGGUUUAUGCUAGUUAUAGCAAGAAUCCUUCCUUGUUAAGCAUGACCCAGAGGUCAUUCAUGACGCAUCAUGCCAGUACUGCUAAGAAAAGUCUUAAAUUAUCCCCGCUUAGGGCAAAUGGACUCAUGCCUAUUUCACAGAGAUAUGCCUGGACCAAAGUCAAGGCUUUCUUUAGACAUGAAAAGGGAGGAGCCCAACAAAGUUUUGCAAAAUUUGGAAGGGAAUCAAACAAUCCUUACAGAGCUGAGUAUGAAAAGGACCUCAAAGAGAGGACUGACAGGAAACUCAACUGGGGAAUCAAGAAUCGGUGGGAGCAAAGAGACCUAGAUGAUAUCUACAAGAAUGAAGAUAUUAGGUCCAUUCAGUUUAGAGAUUUUACUAAGCAGCUCAUUGAGACCAGAACUAUUGAAAUCAAGGAGUUCACAUCAGUUGAAGAAAUUUAUUUCUACAUGGAAAACAUGUUCAAAGAGGGAAUAUCAGAAAGCAAUCUCAUGAAGGCAAUGGACAUCUUUAUUAGAGAUGCUGACCAGUUUAAUGAAGAGGACCUUAACCAUCCCACUUUUAAGAAAUUCUUGAAGGAAAUCAGUAGAAAUUUAGUCACAUUCUCUAAAGAAGAAAGUUAUGUAAAAACAGCCCAAUUCAUGGAUAUCUACUGUAUCUCAGAAUCUCUACUCUGGAUUAACCUCGAAUUGUUUGUGAUGAAGAAAGAAAAUAUGUUCAAACCGGAAAAUUUGAUAAGAAUUAUGACUCACUUCGCAAGACAGUUAGAAGGAUCCAAAGAUUUCUAUCAAUUCAUGGAGCACAACUUCGCUUCAGAACAGUUUGAUGAUGUAUCCCUUGAAGAUUUCAUUUCUCUUGGGUACAAUCUCUAUUUAGUACAAACUGGCUCCUUAGGCUUCUUCAAUGAUUAUGCUGAUAAAUUGCUUGCUAAGAUGAAUGAAUCUAUUUCAACAUUCAAUAUUCUCAGGAUUCUCCAGACAUACGCAGAGAUAGGCACAAGCUAUUUUGACAUAUUCGAUACUUGUGAAUAUUAUCUACUCAAACGAUUAGAGCAGCUCAUGAUUGAAGAGAUGGUAUGUGCUAGUGCGUGCUUUUCCAUCUCAGGACAAGGCAGCAACACUCUCUUCAGACUCUUUGAGAGGGAGGUUCUCAGACACCCAGAUUUUGACUUUAAGACUCUCCGAGAUGUCUGCAAGUCUUUUAUAUUCUCAAUGAGAGGCUCAGCUGAGAUAUUCAGACACUUUGAGCCAAGAAUCAGACAGUACUUAGACAGGUUCUCUUGCAACGAGAAAUGAUUUAUACUCAGUGUUUAUUUCCAAAAGAGGUGACUUACCAAGGUCUUCCAAAAUGAAUUAGAGAAGAGCAUCGCUCAGAGACUGAGAAUGACUGAAGAGAUUACCAUCGAGGAAAUUGCCAUGAUAGUCAACGUAUACACUACCACUAGAGCCUGUGGUAGAGAGAUGCAGAAGCUAAUGGAGUUUACGGUUUUGAAAAGACUUGAUGAUCUUAGGUCAAAUCUUAAAAUGUAUCAUUUCAUUGGUGCUAAAUUUGAGCAGUCUGGUUUCUGAUCUAUUGACACUAUGAGAGUACUCAAAGACCAGCUGAAGAUCGUGCAAGCUGAACAAGCAAUGUUUGAGUAAUAGUUAUUUUCAAUCA